AUGACUGACACUGUGCUGAGCAACAGCUCCAACCGUUGGAUGUGUCCCAGUGAUCGGCCCCUUCAGUCAAAUGAUAAAGAACAGCGGCUGGUGGACCGCCUGGAGAGCAUGAGGAAGAACGUGGCCGGGGAUGGUGUGAACCGCUGCAUACUGUGUGGAGAACAGCUGGGGAUGCUAGGCUCCGCCUGUGUCGUGUGUGAAGACUGUAAGAAGAAUGUCUGCACCAAGUGUGGGGUGGAAACCUCCAACAACCGCCCACAUCCCGUGUGGCUGUGCAAAAUCUGCAUUGAGCAGAGAGAGGUGUGGAAGCGUUCUGGAGCGUGGUUCUUCAAGGGCUUCCCCAAACAGGUCCUCCCACAGCCCAUGCCUAUAAAGAAGACCAAACCCCAGCAGCCCGUCAGCAAGCCUGUGGCCCCAGAACAACCCACCCCUGAGCCCAAGCACACUGCCCGGGCUCCAGCUCGAGGUGACGCUGAAGACAGGAAGGGCCCAGGUCAGAAGACAGGCCCUGACCUGGCCUCUGCUCCUGGGCGGGGAAGCUAUGGACCCCCUGUUCGCAGAGCCUCCGAGGCACGAAUGAGCUCGGCUGGCCGGGAUUCAGAGAGCCGGGACCACGGGCACGGUGGCCCUGCGGGUGACUCCAGCCAGAGCCCAGUAGGCUUGACAAGGUCAAGGUCAACAAGAAAUGAGAGAGAGUGGUGAACACCCACUGAUGUCACGUCCUCUUCUCCAACCCUCUUUUCCCACUCAGGACCCCCAGGAGUCAGCAGGCUGGGCCCUGGGCCAGCAGGACGCUUUCCAGAUCAAAGACCAGAGCUGGCUCCCAGUGACCCCAGCUAUCGAGGAGCCCCUGCCGCACCUCGGGAGGAGAGAACAGGGGGAGCUGGGGGCUACCCGGCAGCUGGAGCCAGAGAAGACCGAGUGAGCCACCCACCCGGCCCCUACUCCCAAGCCGCUGCUGCUUCCCCACCGCCUGCCGCUGCCCCUGCCCGCCAGCCCCCACCCCCAGAUGAGGAAGAGGAAGAAGCCAACAGCUACGAUUCGGAUGAAGCAACCACCCUGGGCGCCCUGGAGUUCAGCCUUCUCUAUGACCAGGACAACAGCUCCCUACACUGUACCAUCAUCAAGGCCAAGGGACUGAAGCCCAUGGACUCCAAUGGCUUGGCUGAUCCCUAUGUUAAGCUGCAUCUCCUGCCAGGAGCCAGCAAGUCCAACAAGCUUCGGACAAAAACCCUACGGAACACAAGGAACCCUAUCUGGAAUGAGACUCUUGUCUAUCACGGCAUCACGGACGAGGACAUGCAGAGGAAGACCCUCAGGAUCUCUGUCUGUGACGAGGACAAGUUCGGCCACAAUGAGUUUAUCGGUGAGACCAGAUUCUCACUCAAGAAGCUGAAGCCCAACCAGAGGAAGAACUUCAACAUCUGCCUGGAGCGGGUCAUCCCAAUGAAGCGUGCUGGGACCACUGGGUCAGCCCGAGGCAUGGCGCUGUAUGAGGAGGAGCAGGUGGAGCGCAUCGGUGACAUCGAGGAGCGAGGCAAGAUCCUAGUGUCCCUUAUGUACAGCACCCAGCAAGGAGGCCUCAUUGUGGGCAUCAUACGCUGCGUCCACCUGGCCGCCAUGGACGCCAAUGGCUACUCAGACCCCUUCGUCAAGCUCUGGCUGAAACCAGACAUGGGAAAGAAGGCCAAACAUAAGACUCAAAUUAAGAAGAAAACCUUGAAUCCUGAAUUUAAUGAGGAGUUUUUCUAUGACAUCAAACACAGUGACCUGGCGAAGAAGUCCCUGGACAUCUCAGUCUGGGACUAUGACAUUGGCAAGUCCAAUGACUACAUUGGUGGCUGCCAGCUGGGGGUCUCAGCCAAGGGAGAACGCUUAAAACACUGGUACGAGUGUCUGAAAAACAAGGACAAGAAAAUCGAGCGCUGGCACCAACUGCAGAAUGAGAACCACGUGUCGAGCGAUUAG